CGUCCGCGCUUCGUUGUGAAUGGCAAACUGUCCCAAUCGCCAAAUUGCACGUGCCGCUUUGUUUACGUUUUAUUUACGGCCAAAAUGAGUGCAACAACUGACAAGAAGGUGGUCAUAAAUAAGCGCCAAAAGGGUUUGUCGCGAGAGGCUUUGGGAAAACUGAGUCAAACGGAGCUGAUUGAUAAAAUAGUCCAACUAGAGGCGUACAACUUUCAGCUGAGAAAUCUUCUGCACAAGAAACUAACGGAACAUGACCGAAGCAAUGCGGAAUAUGCGGAAUUGUUGGGAAAAGAAACGGAGGCCACUGUCCCAAAGGAGUCGACACAGUCCAGCAAGGUGCAGAAACAACGUAAGUUCGACUGGAGUAGCGCUCAUAGGCGUCAUGUUUUGUUGAAAGUAACCUACUUUGGCUGGGACUACCAGGGUUUCGCCUGCCAGGAGGACUCCAACGACACCAUUGAGUCCCAUUUGUUUCGUGCCCUGACGCGUACUUGCCUCAUCGAAUCACGUGCCACAUCCAACUACCAUCGCUGUGGACGCACGGACAAGGAAGUUAGCGCCUUCUGCCAGGUUAUCUCAAUCGAUUUGCGCAGCAAGCAUGCGCCUGAGACUCAGCUGGAAUCUGCUGCCCUCUCCUCCGAAAUCGACUACUGUGGCCUCCUCAACCGGGUGCUUCCCAAGAACAUUCAGUGUGUAGCCUGGAUGCCGCUGCGAAGCCCUGUCUACAGUGCACGCUUUGACUGCACCUCGCGUAGCUACCGGUACUACUUCCCCAAGGGUGACUUAGACAUUGAAGCCAUGCAGGAGGCCUGCAAGCUGCUGGUUGGACAUUCUGAUUUUAGGAACUUUUGCAAAAUGGAUGUGCACAAUGGUGUCACGAAAUUUAUAAGGAAUCUGCAGGCAGCGCGUGUGGCGCCCUGCGAAGAGAGAUUAAACCAUACAGGUUAUGAUAUGUAUUAUCUGGAGAUCAAAGCAAAUGCCUUCCUCUGGCAUCAGAUAAGGUGCAUCAUGGCCGUGCUGCUGCUAGUGGGUCAGCAAAGAGAGCAGCCUCGCAUUGUUAGCGACCUUCUCGAUGUGGAAACUAAUCCUUGCAAGCCACAGUACACGCCCGCCCUUGGCCUGCCCCUGAAUCUGUUCCAUUGUGAUUUUCGAGACAGGACGACGAGGAAAUUGAACCAUCAUCCAGCUGAUGGUGACGAAGAUGACGAGGCCAUGGACACGUCUGCAAUGGAAGUGGAAAUCAACGAGAAUUCUGCGGUGGAAAAAGAUCUCACAAAUUGGAUUUACAACGAGGAGAACUUGCAGAAGCUCAUCGAGAACGUCCAAAGCGAGUGGACGCAGUUCAGUGUGAAGAGCACCAUGAUACGAAAUGUUCUCCAGGAGCUGGAGAACCUGUUGGAAACGAACUACCACCAAAAAGAAAGUGUGACAGCGCAGGUCCUGCUGCUACAGGACUCGGUCAAGCCGCGGCAGUAUCUGCCUCUUCUGGAACGCAAGCGCUGUGAGAGCCUGGAGAAUCGCAUUGAGCACUUUGUGAAAAAGCAACGACUGAUAGUCAAGGAUGAAAGCUGAAUCAUCUCGGCCAUACAGCGGCCGUACUUAUAUCGGAAAAGCAUGUCGCUGUAAUUGUGCACUUUUAGAGUAAAUAUAUAUUAAUAUU